CUUCGGCGCGCGCCGGCGUCGGCUGCGUCUCCGGGCAUUUGAAUUGCGCUUCCGCCAUCUUUCCAGCCCUCAGUCAGACGGGCCGGAGACGCUUCUGGAAGCACCAGCGCGAUGGCUGCCCAGGGAGAGCCCCAAGUCCAGUUCAAACUCGUGUUGGUUGGCGAUGGUGGCACCGGGAAGACCACGUUCGUGAAGCGUCACUUGACCGGUGAAUUUGAGAAGAAGUAUGUAGCCACCUUGGGCGUGGAGGUCCAUCCCCUCGUGUUCCACACGAACAGAGGGCCCAUCAAGUUCAACGUGUGGGACACGGCUGGGCAGGAGAAGUUCGGGGGGCUCAGAGACGGCUAUUACAUCCAAGCCCAGUGUGCCAUCAUAAUGUUUGAUGUCACAUCAAGGGUCACUUACAAGAAUGUGCCUAACUGGCAUCGAGACUUGGUACGAGUGUGUGAAAACAUCCCCAUCGUGCUGUGUGGCAACAAAGUGGACAUUAAGGAUAGGAAAGUUAAGGCAAAAUCUAUUGUCUUCCACCGAAAGAAGAACCUUCAGUACUAUGACAUUUCUGCCAAAAGUAACUACAACUUUGAGAAGCCCUUCCUGUGGCUGGCGAGGAAGCUAAUCGGAGACCCGAACCUGGAGUUCGUGGCCAUGCCCGCGCUCGCGCCGCCGGAGGUGGUCAUGGACCCGGCUUUGGCGGCACAGUACGAGCACGAUCUAGAGGUCGCUCAGACGACUGCUCUCCCGGACGAGGACGACGACCUGUGAGAGCGGCUGCAGCCGGCGUCAGAAGUCUAGUUUUAUAGGCAGCUGUCCUGUGAUGGCAGUGGUGCGGCGUGUUUGCCGCUUUAUUACGUAGCUGAGCAGAACGUGUGCUUCGUCUGGGGGUUCAAGGAGGCGGAUGGGCUUCAGAGUGAAUGUGGCCGUUUAAAAAGUACCUUCAUUUUUUUGACCUCGUAUGUAGCUGUUUUGGAACGCAGUUGUUUCCUUCCUGAGUUUCAAAUAUAAGACUGCUAUAGUCACAUCACAAUAUCCAGUGGUGAAAUCUCGUUUGUCACUGUCCUUCCCAUUCCUUUUCGUUUAGAAUCAGAAUAAAGUUGUAUUUCAAAUAUCUAA